GCUAUUUGUAGCUGCGUUUCAUUUACUAAACGCGCACAUUGUACCUUCCUACCUUGUGCCUACCUUCCAGAAAGAACAAAGAUUAUACGAGUGCCGCAAACUCAACAGUCAAUUUGACGAGCUCCUGAGGUCGAACAGCUUGCUGCCAAAGUUAACCGACCACCAGAGCCGCAGUAGGAUUUCAAGGACAGAGCGAAACCGACUUCUCGAUGUCAAACGGAAUGCAAUGCAAGCGCAAAGCAGACGGUCACGGAAGAUCCUUCGGCUCACUGAGGCUCGAGAUGAAACUGGUGAGGAUGCCGAAAGCGAGUCUGUUGAUCUGCAUGACCUCGAUUUCCGUCUCAGCAAGGGCACAGACGGCUCUCUCGCGAGUGGACGAGUGCUUACAGCCGGAGACACGGCGCUCCUUUCCCUAUUGGUCGCCAGUGGACUGUACCCCAACUGUGCCAUUGCCGAUGCCAACAACCACGUGCGCAAGCAAUCGGAAUAUGUCUUCCACACCAAGGCCAAGCCCAUAGUGGCCUUGCACCCGUCCAGUGUAUACUAUAGCAAUACAGAGUUUUUGACCGCUACAACGGUAAAUGGAGCCGGAUCUAUAAAUAACACCGGAGUUGACUCAUCAGCAUCCAAUCAAAAGCGAAAUGCACCGGAUCUCUUCUGCUAUGGUAGUUUGAUUGAGACGUCCAAACCGUAUCUGUGCAAUGUCAUGAAAAUCCCGGCACUACCUACUUUAUUGUUGGUGGCCAAGUCCGUGGAUACCAAUGUGGCCUGUGACCAGCUGCUGAUCGAUGAUUGGCUGUUGAUUACGCUUGGGAGCAAUAAGAAUGCGGUGGAUCUACUCUGCGUUGCUCUGGAGCUGCGCAAGUGUUGGGCUCAAUUGGUGGCUAAGCGCUUGUCGCACAUAUUCGCGACAGCGAACGAUUCCGAACCUGGGAUGAGUGAAAGUAUGGACAAACCAUCUUCCAACACACGUGAGCAUGAGUUUGCCGAUAGAAGCAGUCUGGCCUUAAAGCUGCGAGCAAUCGGAGCGCCGGGAAGACUAGCAGCUUACUUAGAGGAAGAGGGUAGUAUUGGUGUGUCUAAAAAUAGCACAGCUGAAUCGGUAGGGGAGGGUCUGGUGAAAUUUAUGCAAACGAAAGUGCGGUACUCGUUAGUACGCGCAAAGCAGUCGGAACUUCCUGGUCUAAUGGUCUGGAACGAAUUGGCCGGGGAUGCGAAUGAUGGGAAUGGUGGGAAUAAGACAGAUGUUGGCGUAUCUAAGAAAGUAGAGACGGCUUCAGCUGACAUUGAAAGUGAGGUUAUGUCGAAUACUGUGACUGUAGAACCGGGAUCGUUGGAAGAGAGCGUAUCAGGCAGUACAAAUACAGGUGCAGCGGAGACGGGAGUAUCUGCGGUCGUAGGUAUCGUUCCGUGUGUAGAUAAAACGAAGGGUGGGGUGGCGAUAUCGGAGAAUAUACGGAUUGGGAGUUUCAGCGGGGCAUCUGGAGAUAUCGGGUAUUGAAGAAUAGUGUUUCUGAUGAUUUUAGAGAGUACAGAGAAAAAUUCGUAAUUGAACAAUGACCUGGAAGCGAUAUUGGAUCAAUCAAAACCUCAUCACGAAUCAUUUUCGCGUGGUAGGCGAAGGAAACCAUAGUCAUUAGACCCGUUAGACGUCAAUGCUGGUGAGAGCCUGUGUGAACUAAUCGUAGAUGCAACAAUACAUGUGCAUGGUACAGAAUUUGAACCCACAAUAUGAUCACGAACCGAUAGCUCCUAGUUCUGAGGGCCCUAACUAUUUCGAAGAGAACGUAAGAAAUUUAAUUUAUCGGUUGUUGAAGACUUCACUAAGCAGACGUGUGGGUGACACAAUUCCGAACAAUCAAAAUAUAUAUGCACUGUGACACCCCGAGGUAUAUAUGUUGGGAUUAUCUUAGCACUGAAAGGCAGUCCAAGGAUGUGAUUCGUGGAGAAGCACUCCAUAUUUCAGUAAAGGCAAAUCUUCGGGGUAUGACUUAAGCUGAACAGACCCAGUCAUAGACAUCGUGUAUUCGGGGUGUUGAUCUACAUUUGUAUCAUGCGUAUGGUUGUACUAUAUAAAAACAACAGAGAUAACUUGCCGAC